AAAAAAAUAUUGCCCGAACUCAAAUAUCUCGCGAGUUAGCACCCGCUGAAGGUGACUCUUUUCGACCUAUAUUUUUGCAGGUUUCAAUCCUGGUAAUACUUUCUGGAAAUUUUUCGACCAUGGAUCUUCUAGAUAUUUGGAAAUAUCUCCUUUUCCUAAUUGGAUUUUUAGAAGAAUAUCCAAAGGAUGGCGCUUUUAAUAAUAAUUCAGAAAUCAAUAGCAGCAAAUCCUUCGAUGUAAUUAUCUUCACCCAGAGUUGGCCCAAAACAGUGUGUUUUGAUUGGCAGGAAAGUUCAGAAUCACACAAAUGCAGUUUGCCAGCCAAAAGCCAAUGGUCCAUUCAUGGACUUUGGCCAACUGAAUUACACACAGUAGGUCCAAAUUAUUGCAAUAACAAAAUAAAAUUCGACGCAAAACGUCUGCAAAAUAUAAGAGAAGAAUUAAAAGUUAAAUGGAUUGAUGUGCAUGAUGGAGAGCACCCAGAAUCAUUCUGGAAACACGAAUGGAUUAAGCAUGGAACUUGUUCAAUUAAUCUCGCCCACCUUAAUUCGGAGGAAAAAUAUUUCCGAACUGGUUUGGAAUUGUUUGACAAAUAUGCCAUGAACAAUGUACUUGAAAAAGUGAAUAUUUUACCUGGAAAAGAAUAUCCUGUCGAACAAUUCCUGGACGGAGUCCUUGAUGUUUUAGGAGUUGAAAGUGUGGUUGUAUGUCGCAAAAAUCGGAAAACCCAGGAACAAUACAUAAUGGAAAUAAGAGUCUGCCUCGACAAGGAUUUAAAUUUGGUGAAUUGCCAUGGAAUCCACGAUUUUCCAACUAAUUGUAACCGUACAAAAAAUGUAAUUUAUUUAGACACUCCACCGAAAUUAUUUUAA